GUUCCUAAUCGUUGGGAAGUACCGAUACCCUCGCAGAGAAAAUGAAGCCGACUAUUGCGAUUUUACUCCUAUUCGUGGCGCUCGACGUUACCCUGUCGAUUAGAGUCAACGUUAAUGACCCCAGUUGGAGGGAUCCGCGGUCAUUGCACGACCAAUUCAAGGCUUUCCUCGAGAGCUUCAGCGAGACGUUGCAGACCGGAAACGACACUUUGGGAAUCCCCGUGCUCGACCCCCUGGACCUGAAGGAGCAACCCUUCGUCUUGAACGAGGACGGCGUAGAGAUAUCCGGCGAGGUGCAGGGCGUCAAAGUGGACGGACUGUCCGUGUACGAGGUCGGGCCUGCAAAGUUUGGCCUGACGAAGUUGGUCGUCGGUCUCACCUGGCCUAAACUGGCUGGAACCGUCGACAAGUACACCGUCGAGGGCAACAUAGGAGAUUUUGUUCCCGUCCAAGGAUCAGGAGACAUCAAGUUCACUGCCAAGGGUCUGCGAUUCGAGUCCACGAUUUACCUGAAAGUUGGAAAGAACGUUCAGAUUCGCGACAUGGACACGACGCUUUCUUUGGACUCCCUCGAUUUUGUCAUCAACGGACUUUACAACGACGAGGAAGUGUCCUCUCUUAUAAGCACCGUCAUCUCCGACAUGGCCCCAGAAUUGCUCGACGGUCAUCAGGAUGAAAUAACGGAGGUCAUCAACAACCUGGUCAUGGAAAAAGUGAAUGACUUCCUGUUCGACAAAUCAUUAAAAGACUUGUACGCUCUGUUGGGCAACAAGGGUCGUUCCUCCCUGUUGAGAGACUAGACCCUCACCCUCCUGUCGACAAAAUCUUGUUACAAAUGUAUUUCCCAAGUCAUGUACAAAUCCCAAUCAACGAAUACACCCCCAGAUUUUUCUAUUUCAA